AUGACGGAUGGGCAAUCAUGUAAAACAGCGGAGCUUAGGCUUCUCCUCUUGGGGAGGAGUGGUGCGGGGAAAAGUGCCCCAGGAAACAUGAUUCUGGGCAAAAUUGUGUUUGUGUCCAGUUGUAGUGGCCAGAUGGUGACAAAAACGUGCCAGAGAGCGAGGGGGGCCACAGGAGGGGGGAAGGUUGUGGUCAUCGACACCCCCGACAUUUUCUCCUCAAUCUCUUGUGCCGAAGACAAGCAACGCCAACUGAAAGCUGCUUGGAGCCUCCAUGUGCUGCUGCUGGUAAUUACCAUUGGCCGUUACAAGGUGGAGGACAAGGAGGCAGUCACGGGCAUCCACAAGCUGUUUGGAGCCGAUGCCAAGAAGUACAUCAUUACCGUUUUCACUCAGGAGGAUGAUUUUGAGGGUGACGCACUGCAAGCUUACGUCAGUGGGGAGGGGUACCUCCCGGAGCUGGCUGAAAACUACGGAGGCCAAAACUGGGUUCUGACCAACAGGGCAAGCGAGGAGGAGCCCAGUCAGGUGAGGGGACUCCUGUGCCGGGUCCAGUAUUUGUUGCAUGAAAAUGGAGGACCAUAAAUUGUGAACUUCAGAAACAAAAGCCGUGAAUUCGUGUGCGUCUUCCCCACCGGCUCCUCCUUCCAUCAUGGCGCUCCUCACGCGGCCACCAGCAGGGGAGGGGAGAAGCCGCUUCAGUCCCCAGGAUGUGAGCUGAACCCUGGGCCACCGGAGCUGAAGGUCCUGCUUGUAGGCAAGCGUGGAGCCGGGAAAAGUGCAGCUGGGAACAGCCUUCUGGGGAAUCGAGUCUUUAAGACCAAAUUCAGCGAAGGGUCAGUCACCCAGAGGUUUGUGUCUGAGAGCAGAAUCUGGAGAGAGAGGAGAGCUGUGAUCACUGAUGCUCCAGACAUCUUGUCUUCAAGGGACCUUACAGCGGAGCUCCAGAGACCUGCCCUUGGGCGCCCCCUGCCCUUGGGCGCCCCUCACCUUCUGCUGCUGCUGAUGCCGCUGGGCUCCUUCACCGAGAAAGAUGAGGCAGUCCUGGACGCCACCCCCAGAUUCGGAGGCAAAUUUGUGAAGCACCUGAUCAUUCUCUCCACCAGGAAAGAAGACCUCAGGGAUCAGAAUCUACGGAUGUUCCUGAAACACAGAAAUAAAGCUCUCUACAACUUCACUGACAUGUGCAGUGACCGGUACUUCGUCUUCAACUACCGAGUGACAGAGGAAGAGGAGCAGCGCCAGGCGGACGAGCUCCUGCAAACAGUUGCGGGACUGCAACAGAAUGGGGGCAGGCCCUGUAGCUUUAGAGGGGAAGAGACCCUGAGCAUUGUGCUGGUGGGGAGGAGCGGCACUGGGAAGAGCGCCACCGGGAACACCAUCCUUGGGAACCCCGACUUCCGCUCUCAUUUCCAAGCACAGGCAGUGACCUAGACGUGCCAGAGCAGCGAGAGGAUGUGAGGCAAGCUGCAGGUGGUGGUUGUGGACAUGCCUUCACUCUACCUGACGACCAGUGCCGAGGGAGGUCUGUCCCACCUGGAGGAGGAGGUCAGAGGCUGUUUGUCCUGCUGUGAAGAAGGGAACAAGGUUCUGGUCCUGGUGUUCCAGCUGGGAUGGUUCACUCAGGAGGACAAAAGGGCAGUGAAGGACUUGGAGAGCAUUUUCGGAGAGGAAGUACACGACGUGCUGUUCACUUGGAAGGAAGACCUUGAGUCAGGGGACCUCGAAGAGUAUGUCCAGAACACAGAUAACAAAAGUCUUAAGAACAUCAUUAAAAGGUGUGGGGUGGGGGGAGGAGUCUGUGCUUCUAAUAACAGAGAAAUGGGCCAAACCAGGGAAAACCAGGCAACAGAUCUUCUGGAAAUGGCCGAUAAGCUGAUAAAGAACCAUGGAGGUAAGCGGUCGGAUGUCACCACCGUGAACUGUUCUGUGUGUGCUCUGAGGACACGGUCUGUCAUCUGUUACUGCUUUUUGAAGGUAUCAGCUGCCUUCAAGUUUAACCUCUUCAUCAGAGCCCGGACUGUCGCCAUUAAUACUGUUGUUACCUACACUGGAAACAGUGACACACUCCAUUGA